AUGGAGGGGGACGCCGCCGUGACGGGGCUGGGGAAUGGUGGCGCCGCCGCCCAGGUGGACGGGAAGGUGCUGCAGACGUUCCAGAAGAGCUUCGUGCAGGUGCAGAACAUCCUCGACCAGAACCGCCUGCUGAUCAACGAGAUCAACCAGAAUCACGAGUCGAAGAUCCCCGACAACCUCACCCGCAACGUCGGCCUGAUCCGGGAGCUCAACAACAACAUUCGCAGGGUCGUUGACCUCUACGCAGACCUCUCCACCUCCCUCUCCAAGUCCGUGGAGACCUCAUCGGAGGACAACUCCGCCGCCCGCCCCGCCGGCAAGAGAGUCCGCCCUGCCUGA